GCCAAGGGCUCCUUUCGGAUUGUGUCACGUUUUGGGUUUUACAUGUUUUGAGUCUCAACUUUUUCUGCAAUUUGAUCCCAUAGCGGAGUGGAUAUCGCGUUAGACUCCGAAUCUAAAGUUCGUGGGUUCGAUGCCCACUGGGAUCAUUUGUUUUCCAUGCUUUUUGUGCCAUUUUUAUCAAUCAACUUGUUCUCUAAGCAAUGAUCAUUUGAAUUUAGCUCUAGUUGUGUUUAUGGAGCUCAGCUGUAUGUUGUUGUUUACCGUUAUGAUUUGCGAUGUAAUUUAGUGUAGUUAACACAUUUUCUUUCUAUGUGAAGUUUGUGUUUGAUGAAAUGUUUUAAGUAAAUGGAACGAUCUGGGUGUUCCUUAGAUAAAAGAAGAACACUGACUCAGUUUAGUGUUACAAAAGAAUUGUUUAUUCUGUUUUGUUGUUUAUUGAUGAAACAAUAAUUGUUUUGCUCAAAUGUUGUUUGUGUCGGUGUGCAGAUGAUCGACGAUCAAGACUUGGGGUUUAUAGUCAAUUUUCUUGGCGUCUCCAUCUUCGCCUUGGUAAUUGCUUAUCAUUACGUAGCUUCUGAUCCCAAGUACGAAGCGACUUGAGUAAUGAAAAUUUAGAUGAUGUAAGGCUUUUUAGUAUAUACUUUUUUUUUUUUUUUGUCAUCAAAAGCUUUAUUUCAAACUUAAACCGGUCCUAUCGUACUAGCCUCGUGAGCUAGCGGAAUAGAGACCAUACUGUCAACCAACAUGUAGUGUAAAUCACGUGAUCGGGCCUCUUUUGCAAGAGCAUCCGCACGGAAGUUCAAAGAACGAGGUAAAAAACUCAGCGAAAAGGAAAUAAAAGAAGUUCUCAGUGCCUCAAUGGCAUCAAGCUCUGGAUCAAGUGCUGGCCACUUCUUAGAGAAGUUGAUGAUGUGUACCAGCUGUUGACAGUCUGAUUCCAAGCGUACCUGCUGGAACCCACGGCUACUAAGCUCCUCCAUAGCCCACACUAAACUCUCCGCUUCCGCAUGUAGUGGGGAUGGGACGUUGAUUAGUUUCCUUUGCCCUCGCAUUACCUCCAUGUCGCCAUCGAACACAAUAAAACUCAGCCCCACUCCAGUAUCUUCUAGGACCCAAGACGCGUCGAGCUGGCAUCUCCAUCGUCCCACCCUUUCUUGUUCCUCCACUUCCGCUAUCCUCUCAUUCCCGUCGUCUGCUGCUUCCAAGAUGUCCGGCAGGAUCUGCGCUA